AUGGAUGAGUCAAAUCCUGUAUCAACUCCUAUGGAUAUCAACAUAAAACUGUCAAAAGAGAUGUCACCUAAAUCUUCAGAAGAAGAAAAAGAAAUGGCUAAGAUUCCUUAUCAGCAAGCAAUUGCAAAAGCAGCACAGUGCACUCGACCGGAUAUUUGCUUUACAGUCAACAAAUUAAGCAAAUUCAACAACUGUCCUGGCAAAGAACAUUGGACUGCUGUCAAGAGACUCUUUAGAUAUCUGAAAGGGACAAAAUCGGCCAAACUGAAAUUUUCAAGAAAUGGAAAUACUGAGUUUCAAAUAUAUUCUGAUUCAGAUUGGGCAAGCGAUUGUGACGAAAGAAGAUCUGUCACAGGAUACGUAUGUAUCUUACAGGGAGGUGCCGUGUCUUGGGCGACAAAACAUCAGCCAACUGUUGCAUUAUCCACAACAGAAGCCGAAUAUAUGGCACUUUCGGCCUCAACUCAAGAAUAA